GGCGCCACGCGGGGGCGCGCGCCGGAGGCCCGCAAGCGCGGAACGCCGCCGCGAGCCCCCCAACUCGCACACGAGCUCGCGAGCACCCGCGUGCGCAACGCCUCCCGGAAAGCCUCCACCAAGUUUCCGAGCCCACUGCUCCCGCCCCGAGCCUCGGGGACGGGGCGAGGCCUCCCGGGGCGGAGCCCAAAGGGAACUCAGUGCCUGCGCCCUCUGCUGGAGAAAGCGAGAAAUGGAAGGAAAGAGUAUCUAAAGUAUGAUGGAGUUAAGUAAACAGGCAUUGACCUUCUGCUUGCUCUGUUCAGGACAGCAAGAUGCCACCUAAAACCAAAGGAAAGGGAAGAAAAGCCGGGGCACGGAAGAAGAAAAAGAACUCAAGUCCUGGUGUGGAGGCUGAGGCCAAGCACAGGCUGGUGCUGCUAGAGAAAGAGCUGCUUCAGGACCGAUUAGCUCUACAGAAGGAAGAGGCUCACCGAGCCAAGGCUUCCGAAGACAGGCUGAAGCAGAGGUUACAAGGGCUGGAAGCUGAACUGGAAAGAACCCAAAGGGAAGGGAAGGCCGUAUAUGUGGAGAUGAGCCGCCAGCGUCGAGCCCUGCAAGAGGAGCUGGGGACCAGAAGCAAGCUGCUGGAGGAGGAAGUGAGAGGUCUAAGGGAGCAGCUAGAAACGUGCCAAAGGGAGGCUAAGACAGCAAAGAAAGAAGCUGAACAAGCCCUCAAAAAGCAAGAUGGAACCCUGGCUCAGCUUCGUGCCCACGUGGCAGACAUGGAGGCCAAAUAUGAGGAAAUCUUGCAUGACAACCUGAACUGUCUAUUGGCCAAGUUGAGAGUGGUCAAGCCUCAGUGGGAUGCAGCUGUGCUGAAACUCCACAUCAGACACAAGGAGCAGCUACGGCAAUUUGGUCUCAACCCCCUGGAUCUUUGAAGCUACUGGCCUCUAAUCUAAGACCUAUCAAUAAAAUAACUUGAUGUAGAACUCAA